AUUUCAGAAUGUAGCAAUUAAUUUUUUAUAGAAAAGUGAUAAACAAAAACAUCUGAAAAUAAGACGUAUUGACAAGUGUUUUUAAGAUUCUGGAAAAAAUGUAUGCUUGUAGAGUUGUAUGUUUUUAUCUGUUAUAUUAUUUCAUAUAUUUCAUAAUAGACACCCAAGAAGAAAAUUUAAUAAUUGUUUAUAAUCAUGGACUUGAAACAAGAUCGUGCUUUACAUCUAUAACCGAUGUGAGUUAUACACAGUGUUUAGAUUAUUUCCGAAAUAACAAUACUUACAUCAAUGCUGUAGUUUACAGAAGAAGAUUUCAUCUGUGUGAUAUGUAUUCUGUGUCUGGAAAGUUUGCUUAUAAAAAGGAGCCUGGGUCAAUGCUCGCACAUCGCCCUAUAAUUGAACAAAGUGACUGUCUCUCACUUUUUAAAAAAGGAUCGACAGAAGAUGGUUUAUAUGCAAUACAACCUCUCAUAGGUUUAAACAUACAGACAUGGUGCGAUAUGAAAAAUGGUGGAUGGACAGUUAUACAACGUCGAGUGGAUGGGUCAGAAAACUUCUACAGAACAUGGACGGAUUAUGUUUGUGGAUUCGGUAACAGAUCAGGAGAGUACUGGCUUGGCCUUGAGAAUAUAUAUUGGCUUACUACUAUAGACAGUUCUUUGAGAAUUGAAAUGGAAGCGUUUGAAGACGUGUCAACUACACUUGCUGAUGUGUCACUGACCCAUGCUUAUGCACAGUAUAACACGUUCAGAGUCGACGACGAAGAUUCGAAUUUCAGAUUGCAUGUAAACGGCUUCUCCGGAAACUGCGGUGAUAGUCUUAGAUACCAUGAUGGUAAUAUGUUUAUUACUAAAGACAGGGAUAACGACGAAUCAGAAGUCAACUGCGCUCAAAAGUUUAAAGGAGCAUGGUGGUAUAAAAAAUGUCAUGCUAGCAAUUUGAAUGGACUAUACUUAUCGGGGAAUCACCCGACGUAUGCUGAUGGUAUUAACUGGAUCACGUGUUGGGGUCAUCAUUAUUCUAUCCGCAGUGUAGUGAUUAAGGUGAAAAGAAAUUUUCCGUAAAGCAAAACAACGGACAAUACUAUAUUUUACUUAGAUUUAACAUGAUUAUUAAGAAACAAUACUGGAAAGAAAGAAAAAAACACACAAAAAGCAGCUAAACAUUAUUUAACAAAAGAAAUGAUAUGGUUGGAUACGACUAUUAGUUCGACUAUUUAUAAUGUUAAUUAUUUAAAGUGUAGCAAAAUUGUUUAGUUGUACUGACUAUAAUUGUUUCAUUUCCACAGACUGAUAUAGUUCAGCUGAUACAAUGGUUGAGCUGAAAAUAAUGAACAUCUAUUAACAGUUUCCAUUUCAUAAAUAAUCAUUCAGUCAAUCAUUCUGGAAUAAAGUGAAUAACUAAAAUUAAUUUUACGAUAGUUCUUAUGAAAGUCAUUAUAUACAUAACAGACAUGACAAAUUUAGCCUUAAAUUUUCAACCAUUCUAUAUGCUUAAAUGUAUGCAUUUAAACAUUAGUGUAAGUUUGUAUUUGUCUUUUAAAAUGCUAC